UGCUUGAUAGAGCUUGCGCAGAGCUUACAUAAAGCUUGCCUAGGCAUCUGGCCGUGUUUGGAAUAUAUACCUGUACACAGGUCCACCGAACCGAUCACCGAUACUCAGAUCGAUCUUUCAGCCUUCCGUCCCUAGACCAACUUAUUGUCAAUACCAUCCUCGCACCAUGUCUGCACCAAUCUAUCAAGAGGACGAGAAGAAGGUCGUCAAUGAUGUCACAGACUUCAGAGCCGGACGUCGGAGCUCCAUCGAUGUCAUCCAUGCCCUGGUCGUCGAAGACCACGCGCAUGAGAUCAAGCUCCGAACCAUGUCGUGGCAGAAGGCAGCUUGGCUCCUCUGCGGCGACCAGGUCUGUCUCGCCAUCAUGGCCCAGACAUGGUCGCUCUCCGUCCUCGGCUGGGUCCCAGGUAUCAUCACCAUGGUCGGUGCAGGCAUUCUCUUCUGGAUUACCUCCAUCACCAUGCACAAGUUCAUCAUGAAGUACCCUCAGAUCAGGGACAUCUGCGACUUUGGCUACUACGCCUUUGGCAAGUCCCGAAUCGCCUACGAAUGGACCGGCUUCAUGUUGCUAGCCAACAACAUCAUGCUUAUCGGCUUCCACAUUCUCACCGGAGCCAAAAUCCUCAACACUCUGUCCGACCACUCGCAAUGCACGGUCGUGUUCUCGAUCAUUGUCAUGCUGAUGGGCAUCGUCAUGUCGCUACCCCGAACUCUCCGCCACGUCUCCUACAUGUCCAUGUUCUCCGCCGCCUGCAUGGCCCUCGCCAUUCUCCUCUUCCUCAUCUUCGCCGGCAUCGAGGACGCCCCGCUGUACGGCUACUACGGCGACUACCCCACCGACGGGCCCGUUAGAACCUAUGCCUUCCCUCUCCCCGGUACGACUUGGGUCGGGUGCAUGAACGCCGUGCUCAAUAUCACAUUCUUGUGGGUCCCCCAGAUCCUCUUCCCGACCUUCAUCGCCGAGAUGGAACGGCCUCAAGACUUCCCCAAGGCCCUCGCCGUGCUCACCGGAAUCUCCGCCUUCCUCUUCAUCUGCCCUCCCGCGAUCGGCUUCCACUACCUGGGCCAGUACUCGACCGCCCCAGCGUUCGGCAGUCUCGGCCCCACGGCGUACAAGAAGGGCAGCUUCGGGCCUGUAAUAGUUACAACUCUGAUUAUAGGGGUAAUAUACGCCAACGUUAGCGCGAAGUUCAUCUACUUCCGCAUCAUGGGCAACUCGAGACAUGCGCACAGCAACACCAUUAUCGGCUGGGGGGUCUGGGGUCUCGUUAUGGCUGCUAUCUGGUUCAUCGCUUUCAUCUUCGCCGAGGUCAUCCCUAGCAUGGGCGACUUCUUGUCCCUGCUAGGUGCCGCCUUCGACUCGUUCUUCGGUUUCAUCUUCUUUGCCGUGGCGUACUGGCAUCUGUAUAGGGGAAAGUUGUUCGCCGGCGUUGGCAGGUCGAUCAUGACCGUCAUCCACAUCUUCGUAAUGAUGGUCGGUCUGUUCUUGCUUGGCCCUGGCCUCUACGCUGCUGUUGAGGCCAUCAUUGCCGACUACUCGGGAAGCACAACGCCGGCUUUCAGUUGUUCCAAUGUAUCUAUCUAGAUGUGGUCACAGGAACGGAGCUGGAGAUCUCCAGUCUCGCUGGCAGACGCAACUUUGAAUUCUGCAAGGUGUCGUCCUAGGUUUCACAAUAGAUACAACUUUGACUUCUGCUGGGUGUCGUCCUAGAUUUCACAAUAGAUACAACUUUGACUUCUACUAGGUGUCAUCCUAGA